CAGAGGCAGCAGAUGUCCAACAGCAGCUCCAUCAGCCAGUUCCUGCUCCUGCCCUUCGCAGACAGGCGGGAGCUGCAGCUGCUGCACUUUGGGCUCUUCCUGGGCAUCUCCCUGGCUGCCCUCCUGGCCAACGGCCUCAUCAUCAGCGCUGUAGCCUGUGACCACCGCCUGCACACUCCCAUGUACUUCUUCCUCCUUAACCUCUCCCUCAUGGACCUGGGCUCCAUCUCCACUAUUGUCCCCAAAGCCAUGGCCAGUUCCCUCUGGGACACCAGGGUCAUCUCCUACUUGGGUUGUGCUGUACAGCUCUUUUUCUUCAUCUUCUUGAUCUCAGCAGAGUAUUUUCUCCUCACCGUCAUGUGCUACGACCGCUACGUUGCCAUCUGCAAACCCCUGCACUACGGGCCCCUCCUGGCCAGCAGAGUCUGUGUGCACAUGGCAGCAGCUGCCUGGGGCUCUGGGUUUCUCAAUGCUUUGCUGCACACAGCCAAUACAUUUUCAUUGCCCCUGUGCAAGGGCAAUGCUGUGGGACAGUUCUUCUGUGAAAUCCCACAGAUCAUCAAGCUGUCCUGCUCACACACCUACCUCAGGGAAGUUGGACUUCUGGCAGUUAGUGCUUCUUUAGCUUUUGGCUGUUUUGUGUUCAUUGUAGUGUCCUACGUGCAGAUCUUCAGGGCUGUGCUGAGGAUCCCCUCUGAGCAGGGACGGCACAAAGCCUUUUCCACGUGCCUUCCUCACUUGGCUGUGGUCUCCCUGUUUCUCAGCACUGACAUAUUUUCCCAUUUGAAGCCCCCCUCCAUCUCCUCCCCAUCCCUGGAUCUGGUGGUUGCAGUUCUGUAUUCAGUGGUGCCUCCAGCAGUGAAUCCCCUCAUCUACAGCCUGAGGAACCAGGAGAUCAAGGAUGCCCUUGGGAAAGUGCUGCAGAAGAUCCUGUUUCACCAUGAAUAG